UUUUCGCAUUUCUCGCUGUCGUCGAAUUCGGAAGAGCAGCUCGGUGUCGUAUUUUUGCAAAUUUCAAGGAAACAAAGAACCGUUGCCAAUUUUCCGCUCGACUUACGUGUGCUCGUCGGAGAAUUUGGAACGCGCGUGAAAAUGGCCGACGCCGAGAUGGCCCGCAAGAACUGGGAGCUGGAGAACAACAUCGAGACGCUGCCGGCGAGCGACGAAAUCUUCCGCUACGACGCGGAACAGCAGCAGCGAAUUCUGGCCGCCCGGCCCUGGGAAAAGGAUCCGCACUUUUUCAAGGACAUCAAAAUUUCCGCCCUGGCCCUGCUGAAGAUGGUGAUGCACGCCCGCUCGGGAGGUGCGCUGGAGAUUAUGGGCCUGCUGCUGGGCAAGGUCGAGGAGGACACGAUGGUCGUGAUGGACGCGUUUGCCCUGCCGGUUGAGGGCACCGAGACGCGGGUCAAUGCCCAAUCGCAGGCGUACGAGUACAUGACGGCGUACAUGGAAUCGGCCAAAGAGGUUGGACGCUGCGAAAAUGCCAUCGGAUGGUACCACAGUCAUCCCGGGUACGGCUGCUGGCUGUCCGGAAUCGACGUAAACACGCAGAUGUUGAACCAAAACUACCAGGAACCGUUUGUGGCGAUUGUCGUCGAUCCGGUUCGUACGAUUUCGUCGGGGAAGGUGUGCCUUGGGGCGUUCCGGACGUAUCCGAAGGGUUACAAGCCACCAAACGAGGAACCAUCCGAGUACCAGACGAUUCCGCUAAACAAGAUCGAGGACUUUGGCGUGCACUGCAAGCAGUACUAUCCGCUGGAGGUGUCCUACUUCAAGUCGGCCCUGGAUCGCAAGCUGUUGGACUCGCUGUGGAACAAGUACUGGGUCAACACGCUGGGCAGCUCGGGACUUCUGAGCAACGCCGAUUACACAACCGGUCAGAUUUUGGACCUUUCGGAGAAGUUGGAGCUGAGCGAGGCCAGUCUGGGACGUGGCCCGUUCGUUGUUACCGGAGCCGAUCCGAACGAAAAGCGCACCGAGGACAAACUGUCGAAGGCCACGCGUGACUGCAGCCGGGCCUCGAUCGAGCUGAUCCACGGGCUGAUGGCGCAGAUCGCCAAGGACAAACUGUUCAACACGGUCAAUGUGAAGAACAAGUAAUUUUUUGAGGUUGAACGUUGAACAUGAAUAAAAUUAAAUACUUCUGAACUUAUCUCUAGAAAUAAAAAUAACCGCUUCAUUUACAUAA